ACUCACCACAGAGACCACACAAAUGGCAAAUACCUGUGUUGCAAAGGCUGCUGGUGGGGCUCGAGAUGACUGCACCACUGUCCCCCGGGACUCUCUUAGAGUCAAUGGAGUUUAUUAUAUUAAUGUUAUUUCCUCCCUCUUUCUGAAGAGCAUCCUCUUGCCAGUGCUGCUUUGCAAGCAACGAGUCAGCCCCCCGCAGGGAUAGGGUCUCAGCAUCAGGCUUUGCUUGCCCAGUGGUGGGAGAGGAAGUCCCCAGCACCCCUGUGGCUUCCCUGCCAGCCUGUCGGCUGACUGAGGACAAGAGGCAGAAGGUGGGUAAGGGCAGGCAGCUGAGCUCUGAGGGGAGAGCAGCGGCAGGAUUUCAUUAGCCUGCCUCUUAAGGCAGUGAAGUCUCCAUCCCCUCCCACGCUCCCUCCUCAGCCCAACCUCAUCCGGCGCACGGGUAGUGGGACCUGAGCCUUCAUCUAGAGCUUCCCAACAAGCCCAAUGAAUCCCUACAUCAACUGCUCUGGCCCCGAGUUUUCCCUGUCCCAGCAAGACUUUCCCAUGGAGCCUGUCAGCCCUGAUCUCUGCAACAGGACUCACCCAGAGACCUUGUUUGACCCCAAGGAUGCCAACCUGACAGAGGAACAGCUGCGGGACAAGUACCUGGGACCUCGACGGUCCAGCUUCUUUGUCCCAGUGUGUGUCAUCUACCUGUUGAUCUUCGUGGUGGGGGCUCUGGGCAACAUGCUCACCUGCAUUGUCAUCCUCCGGCACCGGUUCAUGAGGACACCUACCAACUACUACCUCUUCAGCCUGGCCAUGUCUGACCUGCUGGUGCUGCUGCUGGGGAUGCCACUCGAACUGUACGAUAUGUGGAGCAACUACCCCUUCCUGCUAGGCGCCAGUGGCUGCUAUUUCAAGACACUGCUCUUCGAGGCCGUCUGCUUUGCCUCCAUCCUCAAUGUCACGGCCCUGAGUGUGGAGCGCUACAUCGCCGUGGUGCAUCCACUCAAGGCCAAGUACGUGGUGACCAGGAACCAUGCCAAGAGGGUCAUCAUCACCAUCUGGGUCUUGUCUGUCAUCUGCUCCAUCCCCAACACCAGCCUCCAUGGGCUGCAGCCUCUCUAUGUGCCAGGACGGGGGCGAGUGCCUGAUUCGGAGAUCUGCACCCUGGUGAAGCCGCGCUUGACCUACAACCUCAUCAUCCAGAUUACCACCAUCGUCUUCUUCUUCCUGCCCAUGGGGACCAUCAGCAUCCUCUACCUGCUCAUUGGCCUGCAGCUCAAGAAAGAAAAGAUGCUGGAGGCCUUGGGAGCCAAGGCUGGUGGCAGCCAUGAAUGCCACAACACCCAGGGACAGAAGAAAGUCAAGAGGAGGCAGGUCACGAAGAUGCUGUUUGUGCUCGUGGUGGUGUUUGGGAUCUGCUGGGCCCCCUUCCACACUGAUCGCCUUGUCUGGAGCUUCAUCUCCACCUGGACCAGCCAUAUGCUCCAUAUGUUCCAGUACGUCCACAUCAUCUCUGGUGUCUUCUUCUACCUGAGCUCAGCUGCCAACCCCAUCCUCUACAACCUGAUGUCCACCCGCUUCCGGGAGAUGUUCAAAGAGGUGAUGUGCCACCCCAGCCACCGUGUGCUGUGGUCACAGAAAUACUCUCCCAGCAUCACCCACGCCACUACCCGCAGCACCGAAUGUGAGCCCAUGCCCAGUGUCAAUGGGCUGCCCCCCUCCUAUGCUGAGGAGUAUGAGCUGGAGGAGGUGGAGAGAGGCCAGCCUGCCACCCAUGCAACGUCCCUCUGCUGAAGAGUAUAAGGGUGUAGGGGAGCUAUGACCAGCUUUCCUCCACACCAGCAUCCAUCUGACUGUGGCACCCAUCUGGUGGUGGGGAGCGGGGUAGGAGCCAUGCAGGGGUCCCCACCUCUCUAUGCCAUCCCCCUGGUAUGUGAAGGCUGGUUUUCUAGGCAGUGCUGCUUCAGGACAUGGCAGUGGUGGCUACACUGUGCCCUGGAUGUGUUGCACCCACUGCAUUCAGCACCAGGGCUGGUUAAAGCCAGGGCAUCACUGGCGGUGUGGGAAUGACUGGCUUCUACAGCAGGGAUAUGCCAGCAAUCCCCAAAUCAUCCCUCUCAGCCCAGUGAGGUGAACCCAUGGGUGCAGGUGUUGAGGAUUUCAGGCACCCCAGGCUGUUUUGGGACACCAUGCUGGAUAAGACCCCCAAGAUGCACUUGUGCUCAGGCUGACGCUCAUGGAGGUGGGAGAGAUUUGCAUGGGAGGGAGUGGGUUAAAAAUGGUCUGUGGGUACCUUUUCCCCCCAAACCUCCUCAGGGCCCGCUGGCACUGAUAUGCCCCUGAUUUUCUUGCACUUCAGUGGUGCCAACCGGUGUCUGCAGCGUGCCAGUACAGCUCCUUGCUCCCAGCCUUCCUCUGGCCUCUCAUCUGCAGCCCCAGAGGGCAAGAGAAGCAACACAGCUGCUUCCUCCAGAGCUGGAGCCUGCAGGGGAAAACACUGGACAAGAGGAGCCUCAGGCUGCCUGCAGUGCCCAGGCACAUCUCUAUGCCUGUCACCCUGCCCCAUGAAUACACCCUGCACUCUCCUCUCUGACCUGCAUCUGGUGGGUGCCCCUCUCCUCUUCCUCAGCCCGCCAUGGCCCCCCGCACACCUGGGGAAUGCAGGGAGCCCUCCUCUGUCCCUGCCUGCAUGAGCCUCAUUGAGAAUUAAAAAAAGCUGUUGGCCUGAUUCGUGCCCUGGUUGUGUCCCUCAGGACCCAGCUUUGCUCCCAGAACAGGACUGAACCUGAGCCAUCCUUCUGGGGGGGGGUGAUGGGCAGGCCAUGUUACAGGGCUUUUUCACUGGCUCUGCCUGUGGGCUCUGCAGUCACAGUGUGUCUACAAGGCUGGGUGGGCUCGGGACAUGGCAGGGAAGGUGUGAGCGAGAUCCAUCAUCCUUCCCCAUCUCCAGGAUGCUCAGGCUGAGCUGUGACUGGGGCCAUUGCAGAGCGGGAGCUGCCUCUGAAGCAGUGGCUAUCACUCUGUCCCCAGACAUGUGGCUUGGAAAAUGUCACAAAAAUGCCAGGGAGUGCAGGCUGGCUGGUCACGCUCUCCCAGGCUGGAAAGACCCAUUGAUUUACUGUCUGAAACCGAUGUCCCUGGCUUCCCAGCGUAUGCAAGAUCCUCCCACAGGAUCAAAUAUUGAGUCUCUGAAAUGCCGCCUGAGGGGCUGUCCAAACAGCUUGAGAUCUUGCCUUGCACGACUUCCCCAGCUCCAGUUCCAGCCAGCUGGGGAAGCUGCCCCAGGGUUGACAUCCCAUGGCUGUGCCUCCAGGCAGCACAGAUGUGCCAGUAGGACUUGCCCAGGGACCUGAGCAGAAAUGCUGGGGGAACAAGCUCUGGGCAGAGUGCUGGCAGCUGCUGCUCUGCUUCCAGCCCCUCCAGAGCACAUC